AUGGCCAGUUCUUCCGCCACCACCUCGAAUCCAUUGUUCGGUUUCCAGGUUUCUGAGAAACUGGGCAAACAGAAUCAUGCGCUAUGGAGUGCGCAAGUUCUUGCCGCUAUACGCGGUGCGAGACUGGAUGGCUACAUCGACGGCACUGCCGCAGCUCCUCCGGCGCAGAUCGAGAGGAAGGAAGGCGAAAAAGGCGACAAGGUGACAAUGAUCUCCAAUCCGGCGUAUCAAGAGUGGAUUGCUGCGGACCAACAAGUCCUUGGCUUUCUCUUUUCGUCGGUGUCGCGGGAUGUUCUCAUGCAAAUCGCAACAUCCAAGACGGCGCGUGAAGCCUGGCGCGCCAUCGCGAGUAUGUUCACGUCACAGACGCGAGCACGCUCUCUCAACAUCAAGCUCUCCCUGGUAACAAUGCAGAAAGGUAAUCUGUCCAUCUCUGAGUACUUUGUAAAGAUGAAGGCUCUUGGAGAUGAAGUCGCUGCAUCCGGUAAACCAUUAGAUGAAGAAGACCUAGUAGCUUAUAUUCUAAAUGGUUUAGAUGAGGACUAUGAACCUGCUAUUUCCGGUUUGAUGACAAGGGUAGAACCUGUUACUUUGGGAGAAUUAUAUUCUGUGCUGCUAAACUUUGAGAACAGGCAAGCUCUUCGCAAUAGCACAUCCUCAGCAAAUGCUGCAAAUCGAGGGCGCGGUGUACCACCAAAUCGGGGUGGUGCUGGUCGCGGACGCGGCAAUGGCUGGCGUGGCAAAAAUGGCAACAACAAGCAGCGGGUCGACAACCGACCCAUCUGCCAAGUCUGCUAUAAGAGAGGUCAUGCUGCCCCUGAGUGUUGGCAUCGUUUUGACGAGACCUACACACCUGAUGAGAGACAUGUCGCUGCUGCAACACACGCCGCCUAUGGAGUAGAUACCAACUGGUAUCUUGAUACAGGCGCUACGGACCACAUCACCGGUGAACUAGACAAGCUAUCUGUCCGGGAGAGAUACAAAGGCAAUGAUCAGAUUCACGCAGCCAAUGGCGCAAAGUUUCGCCGGAGCAAAGAUGGCGCCUUCCAUUUCCCUGUGUUCCACAGGACGCACCCCUGCUUAGAACAAUCGUCGAUUCACGCAGCAAGCGUAUCAGACGCAGGCACCGUCAUUGGGAGCGACAAGAUCCACAAAGGCAAGUACUUCAUGGCCAUCAGCCUGGGCACCCCUGCCGUCUUCAACCUCGUCACCAUCGACACCGGCUCCACCCUCUCCUGGGUCAAUUGCGAAAGGUGUCUGAUAAGGUGCCACGAACAAGUAGCCGAAGCUGGGCCAAAGUUCGACCCUCAGAACUCCACCACGUACCAGCACAUCGGCUGCUCGAGCCAAGACUGCAUCGACCUCCAGAAUGACAAUGGCGUCCCCUACGGCUGCAUCGAGGAGACGGACACCUGCAUCUACAGCGUACGGUAUGGGUCGCAGUACUCGGCGGGGAAGCUUGGGAGAGACAGGCUCGCUCUAGGCACCAACUACAGCAUCGUCGACGAUUUCAUCUUCGGGUGCAGCGAGGAUGACAGGUUCUACGGCUACGAGGCCGGCGUCAUCGGCUUCGGGUACAAGAAGUACUCCUUCUUCAACCAGGUGGCUCGGCAGGCGAGCUACAACGCCUUCGCCUACUGCUUUCCCAGCGACCAUGCAACCGAGGGGUUCCUGACCAUCGGAUCUUACCCCCCGAGCGGUCUAGAGCUUGUCACCCCGUUGAUCGGGGGAUACCAGCAUAGAUCGUAUUCCCAUUUGUACUCGAUCCAGCAGCUGGACAUGAUGGUCGACGGGAAGCCCCUCGAGGUCGAUCGGUCUGUGUACACGCGCCAGAUGAUGAUUCUUGACUCUGGCACGGAUGAUACCUUCAUUUCAUCUCCGAUUUUUUAUGCUUUCGACAAGGCGAUGACCGCGGCGAUGCGAGAUAAGGGGUAUGGCCGUGAAUAUGGUGAGAAGGUCUGCUUCAGGUCUGCCGGCGGUGAGCCGGUGAACUGGAGAGGCUUGCCGACGGUGGAGAUGAAGUUCAUAAGGGCCACCCUGACGCUGCCGCCUGAGAACGUGUUCCAUGAGCAGCCGACAGUCGAUCGGAUAUGCUUGGCGUUCCAGCCUGAUGUCGCUGGCGUCAAGGGUGUUCAGAUUUUCGGCAACAAGGCGACGAGAUCGUUCAGGGUUGUGUAUGACCUGCAGAAGAUGACCUUUGGCUUCCAAGCCCGUGCGUGUUGA